CCUGCGCUAAGAUGUCCACACAAGAAUAAAGGCAUACACGAUAGCAAUAAAUGGUCAGAAGGUGUCGGACAAGCUACCUGGGAAUGUUCUUCAGAUUGUGGAUGUUCAUAUCUAACAAGUAGCUCAGACUUGUUUUCUGCAAAGUAGACAAACUUCAUAUGCAUGACUGAACUUCCAGAGUGCCCAGAAACACCAAAAGCAACCCAGGACAGAAGAAGUUUCUUCGAGAAGCUCGCCGACCCAUCUAGGGAAGAACGCCCGGUCUGCACGAGGAGGUGGGAUAAGCAGCACGCACGAGACAUCUCGGAGGCCCCUUUGCACAUCAAGCUGCAACAGUUUGCAUCACUGCAGGACGAUGCAAACCUUCCUCAAAUCGCUGGACCACCACAAGUCCGCAAGAAGCUGGUCCAACGCAGGGCUGAACAGUUCGAGCUCUUGGCACAGUGUGAGAUCACAGCAGUGAUGCGCACAACACCCAGUCCUGAGAUUGUCAAGAGAAGGCGUGUUGCCCUUCAAGAGAGGAUCAAGGCUGAACGUUGAACACAAAGCCUAGGCAACAGAAUAGCGAUACUUUAACGGCGCUUGGCAGAACCUUGAGAGCAGUCACAAUGCAGGCUGCACAGCCAGCCACAGUGCCUCUCACGGACCAGCUGCAAUCACAGAGAAAAUAAUUGCUAGGGAUCAAAUUCUCUGUAAGGUACCUAAUUAGGUUUUAUUCAAUUUUCAAUUACAACUCACAACAAACCUGGUUGAACAAACGUGAUCUCAAUUGCACCUCCAGGGCAAUGCGCCUUUGAAUAAAUGUAUGCACAUGUAAGAGCAGAUACGUAU